GUGUAAAAGAAAAGGCUGAAAAGUACAUGGAGAUGCUGGAGGAUAAACUACAUAGCUGCGGAAGCCAGCUGCUCCAAAGAGUGUGGGAAGCUGACUUGGAGGCCUGUCAGCUGUUGAUCCGAGGGUUUCAACUGAAAGAAACCAGUUGCUGUGGUUUUGAGGAAGAGGAGAACCAAAUGGAUGAGAUGGAGAUGACUGCUGAUGGCCCAUCCGAUUCUGAAAAAAGAAAACAAGGUCACUUUCCAAAGGGCACAGAGUGGGACACUGUUUCCUGCCCCAAACACAGAGAGCUAAAAGAGGUUAUGGAAGACAUUUCAUUUGGAGCAGAGGGUCAUUUAUCUGAGGAGUUCUUCAUAUUUUCUGCAGAGUUGGGAGAAAGAUGUGAAGCAAUAAGUGAGAAAUUGGUGCAUCUGGAAGAUCAACUGCAGACUUCCGCCUGCAAAGUUGAUGAAGGAAUUAUUCAGUCUCUGCAGAGGGAGAUCCAGGUGGUGAAGGAGACACUCCAGACCGUGCUGGUGCAACUUCAGCCAGCCAGAGAGGCAGGAGAAGAAAAGGCUGGAGACUUCCUCUGUGACAGCUGGUGUCCAGGAAAACAAGACUUGAAGGAAUAAUGAGCAGAAAGAGCUGGUAGGAUGACAUUAAUUCACAAAGGGCUGCUUUUAGUAACUGAAUACUGUUUUACCGAGCCUCAGGGAUCUCUUUGCUCCCUGCAUAACUAAUAACUAAAUCAAUUAUGGAGAAAAAGUGCCUGGAGGUCUAUCAUCAGAAGUAUUCUACACAGCCUCACAUGUUUUGGCACAGAUUGGGAAACAGCUUUCAGAGGAGAGCAGCCCCUGUAAAUGUGUAGAUUACAAAUUGAUACAUUUCAAGUGAGUCUGCAAAGUUGCCUUUAAUGUCAGUGAAAUGUUCUCCUUGAAGGCUGCUAAACAGUAUCUGUCUUCAUUACUCAUGGAUUUCCCCCCCCCCCCCCAAUUUAAAAAUGCAGUGUUAAAUGUGGACCAUCUAGUAUUUCUUGAAAAAUAGAUGUAAGAAUAGUAAGAACUUUUUUUUCCUUUGGCUUUAACAGCUUUCUUAUACUGAAUGUAUUUUCAUAUUGCUGACAAUAAUUAAAUCAAUAGGAUGAAAUUCAAGCUAACUAAGUUCUUUCAGAUGAAAUUUGGACCUCAUUUACUCAGUGGUAUUGAGUAGAGUGGAGAUAACUAACAGCAGCCCCUAUAGCAGCAGUUUAACUCUCUUCAUUUAGGUGUUAAUAUAAACUUGCUUUAGUAUUAUGGGGUUGUAAAGCA